GAGCAGAUACAAUUUCAGGCUUCAAAGCAGCCAUGAAUCCCAGAGCAUAAACAUAGUAUAUAUCUUGCAGUGUAUUUGUAUCUUUCAGUUUGUUUUGUGCGCGCGCGGUGAACGGUUGUUUCUGUUGUUUCUCGGCUGCUCGCGGUGUGCGUGCGUGUGCGUGCGUCCCCCCAACACAACGACGGUGUGUGUGUGUGCGUGUGCUUUUCUUAAUAUUUUUUUUUUGUUAAUAAUAAUACUUCUGAACCGAAGAAGAAGCCAAAGAAAGUGAGAGCCAGAAUGUGUGGGGGAAUUGCUUUUGCAAAUACUUCAGCUUAACAAUCCAAAAAUCACACAAAAAACUGACUGCAGCAGCAGCAGCAGCAACAACAACGGUCUAGGUGGUGAAGAGAGAGAGAAAGAGAGAGGGCCAUAUUCGAACAGCAUGUGAGCUAAUCAGCAAAGCAGCGAUUUCUACAAACAUUUUCUGCUUCUUAAGGCCACCAAAAAAAAAAAGAAAGAAACGAAGAAACACGGAGAAGAAGUGCUACAAAUUAUUAAUAAUUUAGUUAAUGAUUUAUUUAAGUGACGUCGCGUGCUUUUCUUGUUUUGCCCAAUAAGAAACAACAACAACAAAGGAGCGACCGAAAAGGGGAGAGCGGGAGAGCAGGAGAAAAAAAACAGUUAACUUUGUGGCCCACCAAAAAGCGCAGUGGGAAAGAAGAAAACGGAAAGAAAAAGAUAGUGAUUGCUCCACUCUCGAUAUUGAUAUUUGAAUCAUUUGCAUUUCGAACAAGAAAAAUCGUGUAAAAAUAGUGAGAAAAAAACCGAAGAGAACAUAAAGGCACUGGGCGCUGCUGCUGCGACAGCAAUCUUAUCGCCCCCAAAAAAAAAAAAAUAUAUAAUAUUCCAGAGCCCAAAAAACACUGAUGAGAGGGUUUCUUUAACCAUGGAAUAUUGAUUCCAAUAACUGCGAAAAAGAAAACAAAGGAAAAACCAAAAGAAAAGCGCCUAGAUGACGGACUUUGUGGAGCUGCUGAACAGCAUGUCCAGUACUUUCAACAGCGACUGUGCCACCUCCACCGCGGAGGGGGGCACGCUCCUCAAUCUGGAUUUGGCCGAGGAUAAGACGCUCAAGUGGCGCAAUUUGGCCAAUAAUCAGUUUGCCUGCAAGGACAAGAAGCACAAGGAGAAGGAGGAGGAGGAGAAAGAGAGCAGGAAGCAGGAGGAGGAGCAGGAGGAAUCCAAAAAUCUCGAAGAAAUCGAGGAUAUUAAGGGUCUUCUAGCGGAUGUUGUGGAUGCGGCGGCUGUCAAAUUGGAGGAAGAGGAAGCAGCUGCAGCGGAGGCAGCGCAGAAUGCAGAAAAAGUGGAAGAAAGCGCCGAAAAACAAGAACAACAACAGAAGGAAGAAGUAGUGGAACAAGAAGAAGAAGAAGCUAAGGAAAAGUCCUUGGCAAAGGAAGAAGAAGAAGAGCAGGAAAAGGAGGUGCAGCAGAAAGAAGAAGAAGAAGAAGCAGAGGCAGCGGAAUCAGCGGAGGUGGCAACAGGCGAAAAACAGGAAGCAAGUGCAGAAUUAGCAACAACAACAACAGCAGCAGCAACAGCGGCCGAGGCAGCAACAACUACAACAAUUGCGUCGGCAGAGGCAGCAUCUCCACUUGUUGUUGAGGCAGCGGCAGCAGCUGAUAAAAAUGAACAAGUUUCGCCAGGCGGAACGCGGCGCUCUCGGAGAACACCUCGGCCCACAGACACGCCCACGCCCACGCCCAGUGCCACGCCCACGCCAAACACCGAUGAGCCUGCUCAGGUGGAGAUUACAGAACCCGAGCCGCAAGUGUCGGAGCUGCAAGUGGAGGUUAAUUGUCGUCUGGAGGUGCCAGCACUGGAGGAGAUUCCACCAGCAGUUGGUCUAGAGGUGAAGAAGGAGCCGGAGAAACCGUCUCCAAUGACUACUUCAUCCCCCGAAGAGAAUACAGCACCUGCUCCCAAACGAGGAAGGGGUCGAGCCAAGAAAAUACGACCAGAAGCCGAGGUGGUGGUGGACUCCAAUGAAGUUCUGCCCCUGGGCGAGGAUUCGGUGGUGGAGAAGAAGCCGGGACGCAAGCGGAAGAUGCCGGAUGAACAGCCGGAACAUGCGCAACUCGGCGACCUUGUUGUGGUGAAAACCGAGCAGGAGGAGCUGUUGGGAGAUGCUCCCUCGGGCGACGGCAAGAGGAUGCGUCGCAGUGUCCGGCUGGGAAAUCGAUUACCCGUCGAUGGUAGCACCUGGGAGGAGGUGAAGACCGAGCCCCUUACCCACCAGCAGCCGCCUGCAGAGCUCUCCUUGAUGGAGGUCACCCCGGUGCCCUUGCCACCAGCCGUGCUGGAUGAGAAGACGCCACCAAAAAAGCGAGGACGCAAGGCCAAGAUUCAGCCCGGUGCGAAAUUAGAGCCGGGAUCCACCUCCGCACUCCCUCCCCUAACCAAUGGCAACAAGAAAACGACUCCCACUGGAGGAGCCGAAUUGCAGCUGCCCAAGCGUUCGAAGCGGAGAAUCAAACCGACGCCAAAAAUUCUGGAAAACGAUGAACUGCGCUGUGAGUUCGAAACGAAGCACAUUGAGCGAAUGACCCACUGGGAGAGUGCAGCAGCUGCAGCGGCAGAUGGAGAGUUUGAGACUCCACCAACGGGCGGCGGUGGCUCCAAUUCGUCAAACUCGAGGCAAAAGAGUGACAAAUCCGAUGGCAGCAACUUCGAAGGAGGUCCAGGACAUCCAGCUGGCACAAGUGCCAUCAAGAAGCGACUCUUCUCCAAGUCCCAGCGCGACAUUGAAAACUAUGGAGCAGCCAUGCUGGCCAAGAGCAAGGUGCGCCCGUGUCCGGAUGUGGAGCAGUUCCUCAGCGACAUCAAGGCGUCGCGCAUCAAUGCGAACCGAUCUCCGGAAGAGCGGAAGCUAAACAAGAAACAGCAACGGAAACUGGCCAAGCAGAAGGAGAAGCACCUGAAGCAUCUGGGACUGCAGAGGAAUCACAGCGAGGAGGCCUCGGACAACGACAGCUCCAACACGGACAAUGAGUUUGUGCCCACGACGAGGGUGCAGGUGGGGAAACCAAGUGUUACGUUGAGGGUGAGGAACACGGUUACCAAGGAGCUGCCCACAACAUCAGCAGCUGCCCAGAAAUCAUUAUCCCGCAAUCCAGUUGUGCAGCCAGCUAAGCUGACGAGAAGGGUGGGCGGAAGGGGAGCCGCAGGCGGAACUGUGGCAGCCGGAGCUGGGGUAUCCGUUUCCACCCUCGAUGCAGAACAGCUUCACUCGCUGAACACCUCGAUCCUGGCCGAUGUUACGCCCAUCAGGGACUUGGAUGCCAGGCCCAGUACCUCCAAAACGGCCAAGUUCAUUUGUCUGUGCCAGAAGAGUUCCCAGUACUAUGCCAGGAAUGCGCCGGAUUCAUCCUACUGCUGUGCCAUCGAUCACAUUGACGAGCAGAAGAUUGGCUGCUGCAACGAGCUCUCCUCGGAGGUUCACAAUCUUUUGAGACCCAGCCAAAGGGUUAGCUACAUGAUCCUGUGCGACGAGCACAAGAAGCGCUUGCACUCGCACAAUUGCUGUGCAGGAUGUGGCAUCUUUUGUACACAGGGCAAAUUUGUGCUGUGCAAGCAGCAGCACUUCUUUCACCCGGAUUGUGCCCAGCGUUUCAUCCUGAACACUCCCUACGAGGAGGGUCGUGGCGAUCGGGAGGAUCAAGGAGCCAAGUUCAGCAGCCCCAUGUUGGUGCUCAAGUGCCCGCACUGCGGACUGGACACACCCGAGCGCACCUCCACGGUGACCAUGAAGUGCCAGUCGCUGCCCGUCUUUCUGCCCACCCAGAAGUACAAGAUCAAACCCGCCAAGCUGACUACCUCCUCGCAUCUGGCCCAAUUUGGAGCCGCUGGAAAGGCCAGCAGUCCAGGAGCCAAGGCCAAAAGCAAGGGGGGAUCUUCCGCAGCCGUCGCAGCGUCCUCCUCCUCCGCCUCGAAGACAAAUGGCACCCAAAGAGGCAAGGCGGGCAGUUCAAACUCGAGCCAUGCACUUAACACGAUCAACUUUGCGCAGUUGAUUCCCGACUCCGUGAUGAAUGUGGUACUGCGUGGCCAUGUCGUUUCGGCCAGUGGACGCGUCACCACGGAGUUCACCUCACGGGAUAUGUUCUAUGCGGUGCAGAACGAUGAUUUGGAGCGAGUGGCGGAGAUUCUGGCUGCCGACUUCAAUGUGCUGACCCCUAUUCGGGAGUACUUAAAUGGCACCUGUCUGCAUUUGGUGGCCCACUCGGGCACUCUCCAGAUGGCAUACCUGCUGCUCUGCAAGGGAGCCAGCUCACAGGAUUUCGUCAACAUUGUGGACAGCGAACUGCGGACGGCAUUGAUGUGUGCGGUAAUGAACGAGAAGUGCGACAUGCUCAAUCUCUUUCUGCAAUGUGGAGCCGAUGUGGCCAUCAAGGGUCCCGAUGGCAAGACGUGUCUGCAUAUUGCAGCCAAGUUGGGCAACGUGGAGGCCACUCAGCUGAUUGUGGAGAGCUAUCGAGCCUCGCGGAAUAUCACCAGCUUUCUGAGCUUUAUCGAUGCCCAGGAUGAAGGCGGUUGGACGGCCAUGGUGUGGGCAGCGGAGCUGGGACACACGGAUAUCGUUAGGUGGGUUUAUCCUUCAGCUGGCGUCUCGAAGCUGAUUAAUACUUUGCUCCUCCACAGCUUCUUGCUCAACCAGGAGGCCGAUCCGAACAUCUGCGACAAUGAUAACAACACGGUGUUGCACUGGUCCACGCUGCACAACGAUGGUCUGGACACGAUUACGGUGUUGCUGCAAGCGGGAGCGGACUGUAAUGUGCAGAAUGUGGAAGGCGACACUCCACUCCACAUUGCCUGUCGUCACUCGGUCACCCGAAUGUGCAUUGCUUUGAUUGCCAAUGGAGCGGAUCUGAUGAUCAAGAACAAGGCGGAGCAGCUGCCCUUCGACUGCAUCCCCAACGAGGAGUCCGAGUGCGGCCGCACCGUGGGUUUCAACAUGCAGAUGCGCAGUUUCCGACCGCUGGGCCUGCGUACCUUUGUGGUCUGCGCGGACGCCUCCAAUGGCCGGGAGGCACGACCCAUCCAGGCGGUACGCAACGAACUGGCCAUGUCCGAGAGCGAGGACGAGGCCGAUUCGCUGAUGUGGCCGGACUUCCGGUACGUAACCCAGUGCAUCAUCCAGCAGAAUUCGGUGCAGAUCGACCGGCGCGUCUCGCAGAUGCGUAUCUGCUCCUGCCCGGAUAGCUGCAGCAGCGAUCGGUGCCAGUGCAACGGAGCCUCUUCGCAGAACUGGUACACGGCGGAGAGCCGCCUCACCGCCGACUUUAACUACGAGGAUCCGGCGGUGAUCUUCGAGUGCAACGAUGUCUGCGGUUGUAAUCAGCUCUCCUGCAAGAACCGCGUGGUGCAGAAUGGCACGAGGACACCGCUGCAGAUCGUCGAGUGCGAGGAGCAGGCCAAGGGCUGGGGAGUACGGGCGCUGGCCAAUGUGCCCAAGGGCACCUUUGUGGCCAGCUACACGGGUGAGAUUCUCACCGCCAUGGAGGCCGAUCGGCGCACCGAUGACAGCUACUACUUCGACCUGGACAACGGGCACUGCAUCGACGCCAACUACUAUGGCAAUGUGACCCGGUUCUUUAACCACUCGUGUGAGCCAAAUAUUUUGCCCGUUCGCGUUUUUUACGAGCAUCAGGACUACAGAUUCCCCAAGAUCGCCUUCUUCGCAUGCCGUGACAUCGAUGCCGGAGAGGAGAUAUGCUACGACUACGGGGAGAAGUUCUGGCGCGUGGAGCACCGCUCCAGUGUGGGCUGUCGCUGCCUGACGGCCUCCUGCAAGUACGCCUCCCAAUCCUCAAGCACAAAUGCCUCGCCCACGGAUGCAGCGACUGCAGCGGAACCGGAAACGGAAGCGCAGCUCAAUGCAAAUGCCCCGGAGGAGAUGGAUCAGGCGUAGGCCAACACGACCAGGACCAGAACCUCAACUCGAAAUGAUUCCAGACUCGUCAGUCUCAGCCGACACAACAGAAUCCCCACCAAGCCACAUACAUCAGACAUCACAGCACCAGCAGGAACGAUCGCCAUAUAUGUAGUAUAUAUAUCAUAUAGUACGCAUGAUAAAUCGAAAUCGAAAUCGGAGCCCCAGGACGGGGCCCUCUUCUUCGACUGCCAAAUGUUUCAUGGUUUACAAAUUUUUGUCUAUUUUUACGUAUACAAUUAGUGUUUUGUUUAUUAUUAAUUUUGUUUGAGUUUUAUUCAUUUGUUUACCUUACCCCCCCUUAUUAUUAAUAUUUUUAUUACCGCUACCUGUAAUCACCCAUUAUUAUUUUUAACUAAUAUGAGAAGACUCCCAUUUCCCUCCCGACAUUUUUUGGGUGUGCGUGUGCGAAUUGUAAUGUUCAAAACUUAAAACUAGACUUAGGGAUUACCGGGAUAAUGGAGGAACAUAGUGGCGGAGAAGUGCAUCUAGUCAUAAGAACGAGGGAGACAGAGGUUUAAAAACAGAGAGAGAGCAGAAAAACUGGUUCGAGGGAAUUGUCUAGAUACAGUGUGUUUUUUUUAUAGUUGUAUUAGCCUGUUUAUUUAACCAGUGUAAAAGCUCUUUAUUAGGUUUGCCCCCUCAUUUCAACCACACAAAUCUGUUUAGAGAGAUUGGAAACAAUUUAACGUAAAUAUUGAUCGUUAAAGUGCACUGUACUGAGCGCGUGAAUGUAACAAUAAACCGAAAGCAAACGAGGAAUUAUUAAACAGAAAA